AUGCAACUCAGCCAACAAGGCUUCUGUGGUGCUCAAGUGCGCCAAAGAUUAGAUGCAACUCAAGCUCGAACUCCGCAAGUUGUGAAGACUGGCUAUUUUGAUAUGUCAAAUGUCUUUCACGAUGCUAUCAAGGGAAAGGAUGAGAAUGGCAAUGAUGUCUAUCUUAUUCCAUGUCCUACUGGAACGACUAACGUCGAACUUCAAUCCAACUGGCACUACGCUAGUGAAAAUGAAGACUUGCCUGAUCUUGCUACUGAAGCAGAUCGAGGUAUGCAGUUUAUUCAAAGCCGCAGAAUCGAAAGAGAUCCGUUUGGUUUGCUCGAUCACGUCAUCAUGGACAGUGGUUGCACCAACACCACCAUAUGUAAUGGUGAACUCAUGCAUGGACUACGUCAAGCUGAGAAAGAGCUCGAUAUGCACACUAACGUGGGCAGCAGAGUUCUCGAUGAAGAAGGGUUUCUAGGAAGAUUUCCGCCUCCAGUUUAUUAUGAUGAAGACGGAAUUGCCAAUGUACUUGCUAUGCGCGAGAUGAUUGCUGCGGGAUACCGCAUUACCAUGGAUACUGAUUUUGACAAUGCCUUUGUUGUGCAUUGCGAUGGAGACAGACAGAUGCGAUUUGUGAAUUGUAAGGGUGUGUAUGUGCUGGAGCAACUUGGAGCGGAUGUCGAACCAGGUUCCAAAGAGAUAAGUGCGAUGUAUCGUCGCCAGUUAAGCAGCGUAAAUAAACAACCCAAUUUCGAACUUUCUUCAAAACAGAAUAGAUAUGCUGGACUCGGGAUGACUGCGAAGAUGGCAACGGUUCGAAAGAACAAAGAAGGAUUCAUUCCAAGACAAGUCAAGGCUGCGAUGGAAGCGAGAAGUGCGAUGCACAUACUCAAUGCUCCAAGCACCAAAAGUCUGAAGUAUGCAAUCCGAUUUGGUCUCAUCAAGGACUGUCCUAUCAUUGAAGAAGCGAUCAACCAUGCCAAAGCAAUCUUUGGACCUGACGCAUCUACAUUGAAAGGCAAGUCAACAAGACCAACUCCGAAGAAGACACACGAUGACUUCUUCAGUCCACCAGAGGAAUUGUACCAACAUAAUCGAUCUAUUAUCGUCUGUAUUGAUCACAUGGAGAUCAGAGAUGCUAAGUUUCUCAACUGCAUUGAUACCACUGUGCGUUAUCGCUCAUGUAUUCCCAUGCAGAACCUCAAGACUGACCCUGUAUUUGAAGCAUUGGAUAAGAUAUUCCGCCGCUACAAUAAGGCAGGCUUUUAUGUCAAGACGAUCAAGUGUGAUUGGGCUUUCAUCCCUCUGACGGAUGAUAUGCUAGAUGAUAUGGGUGUUACUAUUGACUCGACUGCAGCUGGAGACCACGAUCCUACAGCUGAGCGAAACAAUCGAACGCUGAAAGAAAGAGUUAGAGUAGCUCUUGCACGAUUACCCUACAAAGUGGUACCAAAGGUGAUCACUGAAUGCCUUGGACGUCGAGCCGCCGAGCUAUUGAAUGUCUUUCCCCAGAAAGACAGUAUUUCCUCACAUUUCAGUCCGCAGCAACUCAUUGAUAAUGUCAAUAUCAACUACAAGAGUGACAUGGUUGCUGAGCUUGGACAGUAUGUUCAUGCAAUUGGGACGGAUUCCAACAAUUCGAUGGAACCACGAAGUAUUGAAGCGAUCUACAUUGAACCUACAAAGGGACAACGUACUGGGCACCAAGUGCUCAACCUCAAUACUAAGAAGAUGAUUUCUCGACCCAAGGUUGUCGUACUACCCGUUACCGAUCAAGUAAUCCAGCGUAUUGAAGCUUGGGCUGCUGCCAAAGGAGUGGAUGACACGGAACAAGGUUACUUAGAGGAAGCCUUUGAUCAGGACUAUGAACCUGAAGAUGAACAUGAACAUGAUUUCAAUCUACGUGGACAAUUCGAUGAUAUCGAUGACUCCAAAAGAAAUGAGCUCUUGGCAGAUGCAGACAAUGAUGUCGAUGAUAUGCUGGAACUCAUUGUCAGAUUCCAAGGGGAUGAUGACUAUGAAUCAGAUGACGACGAUUCGGGUGGUGAAGGUGAUGAAGAGGAAGAACCUAUUGUGGCCGAUUUGGAUCACUAUCAAGAAAAUGUCGAUAGAGGAACCGAUGAUAUUGGAAGCCUCGUUACUGAUCUGGAGGAUCUACAAGAACCGCCAGAAGAAGAGAUUGUAUUUGAGCCUGAAACACCUCAAGUAGCAAAAGUCACUCAAUCUGGGCAAACAUAUGCGCAAGCUGCGAUGUCAGGGCUGAACCUUUCUCAAGUUCCAAAGAAACCAAGAGAAUGGCCUUCGAGCAGGAAUGACAGUUCUGCCAAUAAGAACAAGAAUCGAGUUGCAACAAGACGCAAGCAUCGAGAGAGGGAAUUGAAACCGUUAAAGGACAAAUUGAAGUCUGGUAUUCGUACCAAAGAGGGAAGUCGCAGUACUAAAGACAGUAAAGCUAUCCUUGAAGCACAGCACAAUC